UUGCAGCGACAUAUUGUAUUUUUAGUGCGACAGAUAUAACUCGGUGUUCUUUCGCGUAAAUAAGAAAUAUUUAUUUACCCACUGACCCAUUUUGUUUAUUUAAAUGCAUAAAAAUAAAAUGCGGAAUAGCUACACAACAGUUUAAGCUUGGAUUAUUCCUCGACUGACGAGUUCUGACAUACCGACAAUGUGGAAUAAAGUGGCAAAAGGAUUAACUGUGGAUUAACUAAUGUGUCGUUAUUUUUAUUAAUGAAAACCUUUAAAGAAGUGCGAAUAAAUAUAUUAGGAAGUCUUCAAUUGAAACCCGACAACUUAUGCUGAGAAAAAUUUGUUUGGAUCUCAAAAGGAGGCUUAAACUAUUGCCUGCAGAAUAUAAUGGCAGAAGAAAAAAAGAAGGAUUCCAGUGCACUCUUGGCUAAAAAGAAAAAAGUGAAGCCGAGAAAAUCCAGAGACGCAGAUUGCUGCAGUGUCAACUUCCUGAAAUGCGUUCUGCAUAUAUUCAACGUAAUAUUUCUGUUCGCAGGUGCCGGUGUAUUAUUAGUAGGUGCUGGUACAGUGGCAUCGCGGCAUAGAUUCGUGCCGCUGCUGCCCACCCCAACCUACGCCGCCAUCGCGUACUUGCUGAUCAUCGCGGGCGCCCUAGGCCUGCCUCUGAGCGCACUGGGCUGUUGCGGCCUUAAGACUGAAAACAGAACCAGUUUACUGUGUUACACGUAUUUCCUGCUGAUCACGUUCAUCCUGGAAGCUGGAGCGGGAGGGCUCGCGUACUACUACGAGGUGGCCAUCGAAGACGAGCUACGAGCGGAACUUAACACAACCUUCAUAUCCAACUACGCACUGGACACUGUCAUUACAGACGCAGUGGACACUAUGCAGACUGAGUUCAAAUGUUGCGGUGCGACGCGGUACUCGGACUGGCGUAAAAGCGCUUGGCACGAACACGAUCCUCGCCUCUUGGUGCCAGACUCUUGUUGCAAAACCGUCACCACUAGAUGCGGGGCCAGAGAUCAUCCCUCCAACAUAUACUAUCAUGGAUGCAUACGACAGUUCACAAACCACAUACGAGACAACCUGAUCAUAUUGGCCGCGGUCGGAGUCGGUAUGUCAGUUAUACCGAUCUUCGGAUUUUUCUUCUCUUGCGUUCUGUAUGUAAAAAUCAAACACGUGAUCGACUGACCCCGGCCUAAGCCUGCACCUCAGAACAAGUGCAAGGUUUUCGACAAAGGAGCUUCGACUGGGGAUCACAAACCGCCUAUUUGUAGGAAUCCCCAUAGGAACCAAAGGAUCGCCAAAGUGCCCCAAAGUAAACGUAGCGUCAAACGGGCCCCGUGUCCUUUACAUUCUAACCCGGACAAGGAGGAGAAAACCCCUAUAUCUACCAUUAGUGAUAAUGUUAGUAUAUAAACCAAAAGUGAAUAAGGACAAUUUAAUUAUCUAUGCCUUUAUUUUAAUAAUUGGUAUCGUGCUAAGAAGAAGCUAUUGUUAAAUCAAAAUAUAAAAAAAAUUAUAUACUCUAUGAUUAUUUUUAUUCUUCGUUGUAUAAAUUUCGUGAAGUUUCAGGAACCAAAAAAAAACAUUUGACUUAUUUUUUUUGUUCUUAUGCCAUAAAGGUUCAAACAUCGAUGGGAAAGAUUACUUAGAACUUUAAGCUCUAUCUUAAAGUUCUAAGUAAUCUUUGUUUGUUACUUGUAAC